AUGCACAAGUUCUUCAACAGUAUGAUAAAUGGAGGAGCAGGCAACUCUGCUAUUAUUUCAGACUUUGUGUCGCGCAAGGGAAUUGCAAGAGAUGACGACAUAAAGUUCAGUGAAGUCACUAUCUCUGGGAAAAUUAAAGACUUUUUGUCCGUAAUUUGCGGAUUUGAGAUGGCGGUGUUUGGGAUCAAGUACCCUUAUUUCAACGGCGCACUGGUGGCAAUUAUCUACUGCUACCACAGUUUGCUCAGAAUGGUGGCACAUAUUGCCUCUUUUUUGAGUGGUCUUUCGAACAGCACAGCAAAUCAAUUAGGCGCUGAGCUGAUGACCAAUGGCUUUUACAUAUACGGCACUGUAUUUAUAUUGGGCAUAAUAACUGCCUGUAUUGCCUUGUCUCUGUUUAGGUUUUUCAUGCGGGCUUUCGUGCUUAUCACCACGGUCUUUAUGUUCGUCGAGGGGCCGGGGCGCAGUCUUUUCAUAGAUCUGGGGAUACAAGGGAUCAUUCCUCCGCUUCUUUUGGGCACAAUAUGCGGUCUCAUUUUGAUGGUUUAUCUGGAAAAGGUGGUGCGCAAGGGCCUUCUUAUUCUCAUCUUUGCUGUUGUUGGGUCUGCGAUGCUCUUCCUCGGAAUUGGAGAAGUUUUCAAUCUGAACAGCUCCAUUGCCAAGUCAGUGAUUACGCUGACUCCUGUUAGCGGAGAGAUCUCCGAGAUUAUCAAAGAAUACGCUUUGUUCUGGUGUACUGUUGCUGUUUCCAUCCUAAUCCAGAUCUUUACAAGAAAAUAA